AUCAAUCCUUCGUCAUCACUCUGCUGGAUCUGUGGCUGCAGUAGAAGGGCAGACCAAGCGGUCAAAUAAUAGCAGUUAUACAGCGACCUCCAGGAGAAGUAUGCUUUAUAAAAAGUAGUAACCUGUCCAACGGAAGUGACCGCAGUAUUUUACUAGUUAAGAGCAGCAGCUUUCCACCAGUGGACCUUACAGACCAGUGGUUGCCCACCAUGUUGUCCAGUUUGAGGACAACUUGGUCCCUGAGGCCCUGUGUCUCUGUUUGCAGAUGGGCACACACCAAAGAGAAGGGCAAGCCCCUCAUGCUCAGCCCUCGCACCAACAAAGGCAUGGCCUUCUCUCUCCCGGAGCGACAGAUUUUAGGAAUACAUGGUCUGUUGCCUCCCAAAGUGGAGACUCAGGACAUUCAGGCCAUGCGCUUUCAGAAUAAUCUAAAGAAGAUGACUGAUCCCCUACAGAAGUAUAUCUACUUGAUGGGUAUCCAGGAAAGGAAUGAGAAGCUUUUCUAUAGGGUGUUGAUGGAAGACAUAGAGGAGUUGAUGCCAAUUGUCUACACUCCCACUGUAGGAUUGGCCUGCACACACUAUGGACACAUCUUUAGAAGACCCAAAGGUUUGUUCAUCUCCAUUCUGGACAAAGGACACAUCCGUUCCAUCCUGGACAACUGGCCAGAGACUGAUGUUGCAGCAGUAGUAGUAACUGAUGGAGAACGUAUUUUAGGAUUAGGGGAUCUGGGUGUUUAUGGAAUGGGUAUCCCUGUCGGAAAACUUUGCCUGUACACUGCCUGUGCCGGCAUUAGACCUGAGAGUUGUCUGCCUGUGGUGAUAGAUGUUGGCACAAACAAUGAGACUCUCCUCAGGGAUCCGCUGUACAUGGGGCUGUACCAGGAGCGAGAUCAGUCUCAAGCCUACGAUGAUCUGAUUGAUGAGUUCAUGGAAGCUGUGGUGGACAAAUACGGGCAGGACACACUGAUCCAAUUUGAGGACUUUGGGAACCACAAUGCCUUCCGCUUCCUUAGAAAGUACAGGGAGAAGUACUGCACCUUCAACGAUGAUAUCCAAGGCACUGCGUCUGUAGCCCUUGCUGGUCUGUUAGCAGCCCAGAGAGCCAUUGGCAAACCCGUCACUGAACAUCGGGUGCUUUUUCUGGGAGCUGGAGAGGCUGCCCUUGGUAUUGCCAAUCUGAUUGUCAUGGCCAUGAUGGAGAAGGGGAUGACCCAAGCUGAGGCCAGAAAUAAGAUCUGGAUGUAUGAUAAACAUGGCUUACUAGUAAAGGGAAGACCUCAGGAAACCGACUCUAAUCAAGAGGCAUUUGUCCAUGACAGUCCAGGUACUGUACAGAGCUUCCUAGAUGCUGUCAACACCAUCAAACCCACAGCUAUCAUUGGUGUGUCAGGAGCUGGACGUCUGUUCACCCACGAUGUCAUCAAGGUCAUGGGAACCCUGAACGAACGACCAAUCAUCUUUGCCCUCAGCAACCCAACCAAUAAAGCAGAGUGCACAGCAGAGGAUGCCUACACACUCACUGAUGGUCGAUGUCUUUUUGCCAGUGGCAGUCCAUUCGGUCCAGUCACUCUGAGUGAUGGCCGCGUCAUCACUCCUGGACAAGGAAACAACGCCUACAUCUUUCCAGGUGUGGCCUUGGCUGUGAUCCUGAGUGGAGUGAGACACAUCAGUGACACAGUAUUCUUAGAGGCUGCUAAGACCCUUGCAGAGCAGCUUACAGAUAAAGAGCUCGAAGAAGGCAGACUCUAUCCUCCUCUCUCCAACAUCAGAGAGGUCUCUGUCCGGAUGGCUGUCAAGGUGGUGGAGUUUGUCUAUUCUAACGGCAUGGCGUUUCGCUACCCCGAGCCUGUGGACAAGGAUAGCUUUGUACGGGCUACUAUGUGGGACACCCAAUACGACUCCUUCUUGCCAGACACCUAUGACUGGCCAGCUGUCAGCUUCAGCCCCAAGACUAACUAGAAGUAGACCAGACCCCAACUCUGCCCUUUGUUUUCCGCUCAAUUCUUAAUCGCAGAUCUUUUGAGAUUAUCAUAAUUUUCUUAGUGCAAACAUGUGCUCAUGAAAAAAGGCAGUAGAAGUCCAUUACUGCUGCCCUGGUACUGCAUUUGCACUAAACCAGCUUUAUUAGAUCUGUGAAAAGGUAGAGUGGAAAAUGGCAUUUGAAAGAGGAUAUUUUAAUGGAAAUGGCUAUUUUAUACUUCACAUCCCAGUUCUUUAUCACCUCUGCAUCACAUGUAAACCUGCACAGUACCUGGAGUGCCACCUAGUGGUGGGAAAAGGCAGUGUGGAAAUCUGGUUUCAUUGUUGAAACUUUGAGAUACAUUUAACUUGUUUAUCCUGUUUUAAAAAGAAAAUAACAGACAUAACAAUGCGUAAAUUACCACAAUAAAUUGUGAUUGUAAUGUACUAAAACAUCAAACUUUCACCCAACAAUUUGAACGCUAAUUAGAUUGCGCUGAAUAGUAAUAGUAAUAAACCAAACACUCUACGCUGUGCCUCUGCUCAAGGUUAAGCUGGGUUUUUACAAGUAGAAAUGACUCCAUGAUUUGUUUUGUUCUUGUGUUAUCAUCCACUAUCUUUAUUUUUAGUCAUAAAUGACCUGGAAAUAAGUGGGUGCCAUGCUAAUCAAAUGCCAUACACAUACAUAAUAUAGAAUACUAUUGUCUUUUUCACCAAUUUUAAAAGUUACUCACUCCAUAUUUUAUGUAUUGGUGAUUCUAAUUUGAUGCAAAACAGUUGUUGUAUACACUCCUGAUGCAGAGCUUAGCUAGCACUUACUACUACUUUGACUAUAUGUAGCUACCUAGAGAUUGCCGAACUAAAUGCCCGGUUAUUAACAUGAACGACUAAAGAAAGACCUUGAAAAUGAUGAUGAGAUCUUAUGAAGGGAAAUUUAAUAAAAAAAUAUAUCUAAAAACGCUCGGGGGGGAAAAAAACAUCCACUCCAGCAUUUCAUUUGUUUGAAUGCUUUUGUCACAUUGUAUUUAUUUCUCAGAAUUUAUUUUGUUUUAAUUUCUGCGUUUGUAUUUAGAUGUUUUGGUCACAUGCUGUAUAUUCCUCAGACAGCCUGUCAUGAACACUCCUUUAAUAAAUUGUGGUAAGAAAAAGAACAUCCCUAAAAAUGAACCCUAUUGCUGAACUGUGACAAACUGAAUACAAGCUAUACCCUAAAUAUUUAAGGAAACAAUGUGCAGUAUCAAAUUGUUGGAUAAACAUUUUUUUUUCUAUUUUAAGUAUAUUUUGUGUACUAUACAUACACUUGUGUAGAAACCGAGACUGUACUGAAAGUGUUUAUAAAGUUGUGUUAAGUACAUCCACUGGUGUUUCGACAGAUUGGUCUGUGGGUUUCAAUCCUUGGAACAUAUUCAACAAAUUUACCGACGAGGCUUUACUGUUGCGGUCUACCUUGAGCAUUACUAAUAACUGAUAACACUAACAGUCCUAUUAGCUCAGACAAGAAAGAGAGAUGAAAACUACCUUAGGCUAGUGUAUGUGUAUAGCACCUUUCAAUGAGGCAAUUCAAAGUGCUGUACAUGAUUCAUAAAUAAGUAAAUAAAUAAGUAAAAUGAAAUAGCAGAUAAAAAUAAGCUAAAAUAGAAUAAGAGAGAUUACAGUCUAGUGCAAGAUAUGAAUAAAUAGUACUACAUGUAAUUUCAUAAAACGCAGUGGCAAACAGAAAAGUCCCAAGUGUUAAUUUAAACAAACAAGGAGCAGACCUCAAGUUCUCUAGAAGUUUAAGUUCCACAUAUGUGGUGUUUGAUGCAUGAGCGAUUCAAAAAUCGUGUUAUUGGCAUAAUAAGAAAGUGACCCAAACAGCCCGUUGGGACACAAACAUCUUGAAAUUGAAAUCUUGACCUUUUUAAUACAGUAGGUUCACUAUACUCUGGGGAAUAAAAAAAGUUUCUGCUCAUUCAUGUUAAUGUCCCAAAACGAUCCUGGCACUGUUAAGGGAUAAUGCUGCCUACAAGAUAAUCACAUUGUUACUGGCAAUAUAUAUUUGUUAUGAAGAAACCGAGCAAUGCUAGAGCAUUUUGUGAUCACAGUGAUCUCCUAACAGCUAUACAUUUUAAUAGUCACAGUUAGAGAGUUAGAGACGCACAACCUUCUCAAGAUCAAAACAUGCAUUUCUCAAAGUAAGCUAAGCAUCAACUAUAUUCCAGUUCUAUUUUCCUAAUAUUUCACAUCUACAUGUCUAUGCCAUCUACAGUGUGAUAUACUGUGCUUACAGUAUCUCAAUCAAUCAAUUUAUUUGUCACGUGAAAUUAUAUAAAAUACAAUUUCAAAUAAAUGUAAUCCUAUCAGUGAGACAUAGUACUGACAGUAAACCUUCCAAGGUUGUUUAUAAGGUCUUUAUAUUUUGCUCUGUGCUCUGACAGACCAAUGCAGUUUAUCGUAGUGAUUAAGCCAAAGAACAAAAAUUAUGUGUUUAAUGUAAAAUGUGAGAAUUGAGAAACUGUAUAUGGUCAAUAUACAGUGGACACAAACAUACACACACCCUAACAGCUAAAAUGUGUUUAAGUCUGGUUUUAAUGUAACUGGUUCAUUUUAGUCUAUUUCAUUCAUAUGUAUUUUGUAUAUGUAUUCGUGUAUUACUCACAGCACUGAAUAAAAAAAAAAGCUGUUUCGUUCAAAAUUAUGUAAUUGUGUAGUAUUCAGUGAGCAGCUUUUCCUUUGAUAGACUGUGCAGCUUCAGGUUGUGAACACAUACAGGCAAUGUUUUGUACUCAAACAUUUUACUAUAGUUGUGUUUAAAAGAAACUAUUGAGAAACAGUUUAACCUCAGUAAGUGUUGGCUCAUGUGUCUAUCCAGUUGUUAUUACUGACCGUAAUCGUCUAUUAUGAGUUUUUACUGUGUUCCGUAAGAAUGUGUUUUGCUCAUGUGAUUCUUGUCGACCCCAUAAGGUAACUCCAUAUUUCAUUGAAGUGUGCCUUCAAGUCUGUGUUUCUGAAGUUUAUUUUUGUUAAAUAAUAAUAUUGCCUUACCGUUUGCUGUUCUGCUGUUAAAAGUGCAGAAUAAAAUCAGUUUCCAUACUGGC